AUGGGUAAAGAUAACCUAGACAUGGAAGAAGGAGAUGCCACCCAAAAUCAAGAGCAAGAUUGGCCGACACUGACUUCCUCAGUGACAUUGGAACUCGGUCCGACAAUUGAUGAAACAUUUAUGACAUUUAAUGCAAAAAAGAAGAUUCCCAAAAAUUUAGAGACGAUUGAUAUCUACCACACAAAUAUGGAUGAUGGAGUGACUCAUAAGAACAUGAUACAGCUGGAAAUCGGAGAUAAUAAUAAUGACAAUGAAACUAUGGAAAAAGUCAGCUGA